UCAAUGUAAAGGUACGCGAUGUUUAAUUGGCCGAAGCGCGAACUUCAAAAGAAGAAAGCCGACACAGUGACAGGGUUGAAAGCUGAAGUGUGUUGUAAAUGAUUUGAAAAGUGAAAGAUUCAAGUUGUCUGGUUAUAUCAUGGGACUGACAGGAAGCAAGCCUGAUGAGGGUGUAUACUACAAUGAUGCAACACCAAUCAAAUAUGAAGUACCUAAACGGAGGCUUAAUCUUGACCCGAGGUCACCGUCUGAUGACAUCACACGUACCCCGAUUGUUGUCAACAAAACACCUGAGACUUUGUUGGAUCCACGCUCCCCAACUCCUGGCAUUGUACGAACGCCCAUUACAACUGUAGUGAAUCCAGUACAGUUGAUGACACAGCACUAUGACGUUCAACAAUCCAACAGCAUGAUGGAGAUCACGGACCAAGGCUCGUGCUAUCCGGAUACUUGUGAUGUAAAUGAAAACUGUACCCUGAUAGAUGUUCCUGCUAACAAGGCAGAUGAUAGUGAGCUGAUAGCAGUACUUGAUAACAAUGGGCUGGACAUUUUGAGUGAAGUGAAUCGCAGAGAGACAGAGAACAGAUACCCGACAGGCAAGGAUCUGUUUGAAGCCAGUGACUGCAGUGCACCACUUACCACAGAGUUACAGAACCUCUCCGAGGUGUCUCGUGAAGAAGUGGGAGUCAUGUCAGAAUUGCAGAACUUAUCGCUGUCUGAUGAUGAAGCCACCACCUUGUUGUGUGCAAGCAAGUCGGGUAGUGAUAAAGUCAGUGCAUCUAAAAAGACCAAAGGCUCAUCCAAGAUUCCUAGGCCCUGUCAGCCCAAAAAACUUUUCACCGAAAAGAAAAAGUGUGACGUGACACGUUCUCCACUGUCUACAGUUAUUAUAGACACGAAUUCUCCGCGUAAUAUCAUGCAAAGGAAACAGGUGAAGAAGAUUGACAAGGCUCGACAGUGUCGUCUCGACGGAAGUAGACCACAAGACAAAGAAAAUUUCAGUCAUUAAAAAACCAAAAAACCAGGGUUCAUACUACGGGUCAGGCAAACCCUAGAAAUUCUGUAAUUUGUAUCCUAGAAAGUUUAUAAUUAUCAUUUUCCAGGCAUGGAAAGUCGUGGAUUAUUUUAGUUGGUUCUUGGAAAAUAAAAACUGGUUGAAAAUAAUAUUUUUCUUGUUUAGAAUAACACAAAUUUGCAUUAAAAUAUUGUAAGAUGUUGAUUGCAGUAAAAAAAAACUUUGAAAAUCUUUAAAAAAAACAACCCAAGAUGUAAAUGAAAAAUGACUUUAAAAGUAAGAGAAAGUCAUGAAAUUUGGUUAGUGAUAAAUUAUGAGAGUCAUGCUGAAGCGGAUUGUGAUUGAUUUGUGAAUAAUAAAAAAUCAGGAAGUGGAGAAUGAUUUAAAUGAGAUUGUCUUUAGAUAGUGGAUACUGAAUUAAUUGUGCAUAGAAAAAAUAUUUAAACAGUGGAUACUGAAUUAAUUGUGAAUAGAAAAGUAUUUAAACUGGAUACUGAACUAAUUAUGACUGAAUAAACAUAAAUAUCAAAGGACAACAAAUGAACACAUAUUGUGUCCAGGAGCUAAAUAGGAUUGCAAGCCCUGAGCUGGGACCUUUCCCUCAUCAAACAUGUGGAUCGUCACGUGCUGACAACUAAAUAAACAGGAAACCAUUAAACAUAUUUGGGUAAGUUAAUCAGAAUUCGGUUCACAUAAUUUUCAUGGUCAGUUACAUGAUUUAUAUUUGCAUACCAAAUAAAAGUACUGGUGAUUAUGAAGUUUCUAACCUUUAACAUUCAAAUAUAACCAUUCACCAUGUAACCGAAUUGGUGACAGCAUAUUAUUAAAGUUGCAUAACUGAAAUGCGAACAGGACUGUAGUUCUCGUGAAAUACUGUACCAUGUAUCAACAGAAUUUUCGAAAUUUGGUAGAAUUAGUUGCAAUUUCCAGGCAGAAUGGAAGAGGAUAGUGCCAAAGUGCCACUAUAUAUUUGAUCCAGAACAUACAACAAAGGAUUCUGGCAUGUUUAUUAAACUGUAGUUGUUUUAUGCAAAUUAUUAAAGCAUUACUCGUUAACUUUAAUUUUGCAAGCUCUACAAUUGUUAUCUAGUUUGGUCUGGUUCAGGCAUAUGGGUAUCGCUACAUCCUGGUAAUGUAUUGCAUCAAUGCUUCUGCUUUGCUUCUCUCUACUACCACUAUAUACAUUAUAUAUAUCAGCCGUCUAUAUUGCGUCCGAUGUGGUAAAUCAGUGUCAUGUGAGACAGUUGGUUUUCAUUUGGUGACUAAAAGAUUUUAUACUAUCUAUAUUUGGUGACUAAAUGAUUUUAUACUAUCUAUAUUUGGUGACUAAAAGAUUUCAUACUAUCUAUAUUUGGUGACUAAAAGAUUUCAUACUAUCUAUAUUUGGUGACUAAAUGAUUUCAUACUAUCUGUAUAAAAAAAAUAAGUUUGAAGUCAACGUAGAGGGAUAAUAUACUCAACAACGAAAGUUUAGCAAAUAUCUUUUAUGAUGUCUAAAUUUGCCAUGGUUGAAUACACUUAAAAGAAAACCAGGUU